AUGGGCCGGAGAAGUGAAUCGGCAGACAGAAAGAAGAAGGACAAAGAAAAAGACAAGGACAAGAAAAAAGACAAGGACAAGGACAAGAAGAAGGACCGUAGCCGGAGUCGUGGGAAGGAAAAAGAUCGAGAACGAAAGGACAAAGAGAAGGGCAAAGAGAAGGAUAAGGAGAGAAAGGACAAAGACAAGGACAAAGAGAAGGACAAAGAAAAGGAUAAGAAAGACAAAGACAGGGAGAAGGACAAGGAGAAGGAAAAGAAGAACGACAAAGAGAAAGACAAAGAGAAGGAGACCGAGAAAGAAAAGGCUCCGGACGCGCCGCCUACCGAUGCCGCGGCUGCGACGGAUGCACCGCCCAAGGACGCGGCAGCAGAGCCGGCGGAAGACGGCGACGAUGUGACAGCGGUGGGCCCAGGAGGGCGCAAACUCACAGCCGGGGAGCGCAUCCGAUUAGCACGUGCCAAAGCUGCCAAUACUCCGGGAAAGAAAAGCAUUGCCAUAGGGAGCAGCAGCUCCAAGAGCAGCAGUAGCUACAGUAGCAGCAGCACGCCGUCCGAAAAGAAAAAGAAGAAGACGAAGAAGGACAAGACGAAGAAACGGUCUCGCAGCCCCAUUUCCAGCUACGGCGGCCUUGCUCAAGUACCCCUGUGGCUACCACGACCGGCCAACUAUGGUCAGGCCGGCCUCCAGUAA